GAGCGGCAGGAAGGAGGCGGCGCGCGGAGGCGGGAGGCGCAGAACCCAAUCGCUGAUCCCCCGGCCGCGGCGCCGCCUCCGCCAUUGCUGCACGCGAGAGCGGGCGACGCGGAGCCUCGGAGCGCGCUCGGAGCCCAGACUUGCCGGAGCCGGGCGUGGGGCCGCAGCCUCCUGUCUUUCGCAACCAUGGUGAAGUUGGGCAACAAUUUCGCAGAGAAGGGCACCAAGCAGCCACUGCUGGAGGAUGGCUUCGACACCAUUCCCCUGAUGACGCCCCUCGAUGUCAACCAGCUGCAGUUCCCACCCCCGGAUAAGGUUGUUGUGAAAACUAAAACUGAGUAUGAACCUGACCGCAAGAAAGGGAAAGCGCGUCCUCCCAAGAUAGCGGAGUUCACCGUCAGCAUCACCGAGGGUGUCACCGAGAGGUUUAAGGUCUCUGUGCUGGUUCUCUUUGCCCUGGCCUUCCUCACCUGUGUCGUCUUCCUGGUCGUCUACAAGGUGUACAAGUAUGACCGCUCCUGCCCUGAUGGGUUUGUCUUGAAGAACACCCAGUGCAUUCCAGAAGGCUUGGAGAGCUACUACACGGAGCAAGACUCCAGUGCCCGGGAGAAAUUUUACACUGUUAUAAACCACUACAACCUGGCCAAGCAGAGUAUCACACGCUCCGUGUCACCAUGGAUGUCAGUUCUGUCAGAAGAGAAGCUGUCGGAACAGGAGACCGAAGCUGCGGAGAAGUCAGCUUAGCGAGCUGGGCGGGUUCCUUACAAUGUGUCACUUGAAGGCAACAAAGGGACUUUGAGGGACAUUUCAUUAAAUAUAAUUACCGAUAAUUUAGAGGUUACUCAUUUACGGUGCAAUUGCUUCUGUUUGCUAAUGCUGCUUUGCAAAUAAAACUUGCUGCGGACCACCCACAGGCAUAGAAACCAGCGCAUCUCAGCAUUGCUUAGAGAGCUUGAGGCCACUGUCCAUGCUGAGGAGUCUUCAUUCAGCUCCUUCACUGGGAUUCACUGGAUGCCGUCCAAAGAGAACUGACACUGGCUAUGCCAGGGGUCUGGCCAUCAGAGCAGUGCGUUUGGUGGGUUUCUUUUUUCUUUUAUGCCCCUUUGCUAUCUGCAGACCUCCCUCCAUAGCCAUAUCUAGAGUGAUCCCGUGCUUUGCUGGCAGCAGUGCCAGCUGCCAAGAUGCACUGUUAAGUGGCACAGAGAAGGGAAGUGUGCGCUACAAUGCAGCCCCGCCAGCCCCUGCCAGGGCACUUCUGGGAGGUUCUCUUUGGUAUGUGCACUAAGCAGAGUACAAGGAUGGGGUGGGAGGAGCUGGCUCUGGGCCAAGGGUUGCAGAGCCUGUUUUCCUGUGGGUGGGCGGGCUGUCUGCUGGUGAUGUGCUAGAUAGGAAGAAGCCCCACCGGCCCUUUUCUUUCCUGUUAUGAAUAUGUUUGCACGUACAGCCCUGUAAUGCAGGCGAUUUUGGUUUUUCGUUUUAUUAGCUGGGUGGGCAAAGUGAAAAUGUAAUUUUGGGUAAGCCAAGGCUAUUUAGCUUUUAAUCUGUGAACAGAUGUGACUCCUGUGCUGUGAGAAAGGGGCAGGAUGGCUGGUGGGGGGCUGAUGUGGCACCUUGCAAAGAGAAUAUUUGAGUCCACAAUCUUUGUAAGAAAAGUAUGUUUAUGUUUCAAUCUGAAUCUUGACAUUAAAGUAUAUGUUUACAAAAUCACCAGUAGGUAAACUAAAUGUGUAAGACAAUUAAAUAGAAAAAGCUA